ACGCCGCGAGUAGCGUGUCGGUUUAUUUCUGUUAUAUUUAUUAAUAUUUAUUAUUUAUUUGUAUUUAAGGGAGGUUGCUGAACGAUGUUGUGUCUGUGUCUCUACGUGCCGGUUCCUGACUCGAGUCAGGCGGAGUUUGAGUACUUCGAGUCGAACGGACUGCCUUCGGAGCUGAAAUCGCUCUUCAAGCUCAGUUUAUUCCUUCCUUCUCAGGAGUUCUCCUCGUACAGGAAGUGGCGAAAGAAAAUUGAAAAAGUUGGCGAAAAGGACUUAGAUGGGCAGCUGGACUUCGAAGAGUUUGUUCACUACUUGAGGGAUCACGAGAAGGAGCUAAAACUCGUCUUCAAAAGCUUGGACAAGAAGGAUGGUCGUAUCAGCUCGCAAGAGGUCAUGCAGUCGCUUCAGGACCUCGGGGUGCGCAUUUCACAGCAGCAGGCAGAGAAAAUUCUCAAAAGCGUGGACAAGAAUGGCACAGUGACGAUUGACUGGAAUGAGUGGAGAGACUAUCCUUCAAUGAGCUCCAUUGAGGCCAUUCCUGAGAUUAUCCUCUAUUGGAAGCACUCCACGAUAUUUGAUGUUGGCGAGAACAUGAUGGUGCCAGAUGAGUUCACGACAGAGGAAAGAAUGACUGGGACGUGGUGGCGCCACCUUGUAGCUGGUGGAGGAGCAGGUGCUGUGUCUCGGACAUGCACUGCGCCCCUUGACCGCCUCAAAGUGCUUAUGCAGGUUCAUGGUUCCCGAACCAACAUGUGCAUCAUGGGAGGUAUCACACAGAUGGUCAAAGAAGGAGGAAUGAGGUCCUUGUGGCGUGGGAACGGCAUCAACGUCCUCAAAAUUGCACCCGAGUCCGCCAUCAAGUUCAUGGCCUAUGAGCAGAUCAAACGACUGAUGGGCAGCAACCAGGAGUCGAUCCGCAUCCAGGAGCGGUUCGUGGCAGGUUCUCUGGCAGGCGUCAUCGCUCAGAGUAGCAUCUACCCCAUGGAGGUUCUGAAGACUCGCCUAGCCCUGAGGAAGACGGGUCAGUACUCGGGCAUCUCGGACUGCGCCAAGCAGAUCUUCAGGCAGGAGGGCCUGACGGCGUUCUACAAGGGCUACGUCCCCAACAUGCUCGGAAUCAUCCCCUACGCCGGCAUUGACCUCGCUGUGUACGAGACCCUGAAGAAUACCUGGCUGCAGCGGUAUGCAACUGACAGCACAGAUCCUGGUGUUUUUGUCCUCCUGGCCUGUGGGACCAUCUCCAGCACUUGUGGUCAGCUGGCCAGCUACCCCCUGGCCCUGGUUCGAACCCGCAUGCAGGCACAAGCGACUGGCAAAGGUGGUUCUCAGGUAACCAUGUCUGGACUCUUCACACACAUCCUGAAGACAGAAGGCGCAUCGGGGCUCUACCGCGGCCUGACCCCCAACUUCAUGAAGGUCAUUCCUGCCGUAAGCAUCAGUUAUGUGGUGUACGAGAACCUGAAGGCGACGCUCGGGGUGCAGUCGCGGUGAGGAGGAGGAACGUGGAGCUGCAAAGGGCUUUGCCUGGACUGCACAAAAGACUGGAGGUGGAAGCAAAAAGCCAAAGGUGUCAAAAAAUAACUGGAAUCUCAAUCAUGAGGUUUGCAUGACUUUCUCAUUCUGUGAAUGUCUGACUGAAGGUGAGGGAAAUGAAGAACAUAACACUACAGUAAUUGUUAAAGCUGCUGAUCUGUAUCGCCAUGACAACAUCGUAACCCUUCAAGCUGAAGUUGGGAGCGGCCACUGGUUUUAAUCUUAAUCAUCUAAUGAUUUUCAAUUGAAUAAGAUGUUCCUUACAAAGGGCUACAGUUGUCAUGACUGCUGCUGUGAAUGUAUGAGCUCCUCUCAGGUACUUGACAGAUUUGUCACAUUUAAAUAUGGGCAAGUAAUUUGACCAGGGACCAAGAAAGAAUGUUGAUGCCACUGUGUAGUGGACAAUCUGCAUGCUAAUGCUAGCAAGUUCUCCCACAAUUCACUUUUUCUUGUUUAGCACUUCCCUACCUAUUUGGAGAGAACAGCCUAAUAAUUUGACUUAAUUCAGUCAUUUGUUUACAGUUUCAUAUUUUGAGGAAUUUUCCUGCUUUUGCUGUCAUUGAUUCUAAUGUUUGCACCUUCAACUGACCCUGACUGAUCUUUGAGAGAAAAGAGGAACUGACAUGAUUUGACUGCUUUGCAAAAAUCAUAUAGUUUGUGACUCGCAAUUUCAAUAUUUUUUUCCUAUGGGUUUCUGUAGAUAUAAAUUUCACUGACAAUUUGUGGGCGUUUAAAUUUUACACAUCUAAAUUAUUACGUUUGUUAGUAAUUGUUGUGGUUUCUGUAACUGUUCAGUUGAUACCCAUAAUAGAGCUUUGAGAUUCCUUUUCCCAAUAUUAACAUUUUCUAUAAAUUUUGUAUUUCUUUUUCAGGAAGGAGAAAAGUGACAUGUUAUUGAUGCACAGAUCUAAUUUUAAUUGGGUCAGGUUAUGCAAUGGCAGGGUAAGUGCUGCCAGCUGUUUAAUCAUAAACUUCACUGCUAGACUGGCAACAUCACUCAGUACUUCACACCCCUCUGCCUUAUCGUUUCCAUAGUACAAAGCAACCUUUAUCACACAAUUCCCAGAAGGCUUUUAAAAGAUGUCUUGAGUAACACUUGUACUUUUUAAAUUAAAUGUUUUUUUUUUUGUUUUUUUUUUUUUUGCACAAUUAUAGGGGGACAAGUGGCAUUAAUGCCGUUUUGGAAGUAAUGGUGCCGUUUGUGGGGAAAACAAACUCGUGAAAUCUGUAAACUAAGAACUAUGGGUUUCAGUACUGACUCCAAUGCUGAGAAUGUGACAUCUUAGGUUGUUUCUGCUUGGGGGGGGGUAGUAGUAGUAAACAGUUGGUUAAUUUGGACACGUGGGGUGGGGUAGUUUUUUAAAAUCGAUACAUGUCGUCUUUUUUUUUUUUUUUUUUUUUUUCCCUUUCAGUUUUCCUCUUAUGUUUAGCAGUGUAACCAUUUUAUUUGCUCUUCCUCUUGUAUUUCUCAUGUCAGCCCUUGUUGUCUUACUGUGGUCUUUUAACAAACUGAAGAUAUUAUAAAAAAAAAAAAAUGCAAAAAACUCAACUGAGAUGCAUUGCUAGUGUUAGCCUAUUUUAUUGAGGCUUAAGGAAUUUGCACAUUGUAUAACUAAGACUAGAGCAUUAAAUGUGUGGGGGAUGUUUCACUGUUAAAUAUUUAAUGCCACUUGUGAGACCUUAAUGUCACACAUACUGGAAAUGCAUAUCUCUACCAAAGAUGCAUGCUGCACAUGUUAAGGGUGUGUUCCUUAAUUCUUUCUUAUUUAAAAACUGACCCUCUGAAUGUACCAGAGGGUUAUGAACAAAUGCUCCUUUCAGUGGAAAAAUAAUGAAUGUUGUGCAAAUGUAUUUGUGUAAAGGAGGGUGGGGGAAAUAAAUUUCUAAACUGAA